CUCGGACUCCACCAGUCGGGGUAAAAAGGGCUCAAGAACGGGAAUUGGUUUGCUGGUUCAGGGGCUUGAUCAUACUCCAGGUCCAAACGCAUUUGGUUUGAUACCGGGAUCCGAUCGACAUGGGGAGUUGUGUGGUGGGCAGACGAGCUAUAGUCGUCUUUGCUAUUGCGAUAUUGGUCGUCAUAUCCGUGAUUGGGCUACUACUUGGACUGCUACCACAACAUGAGAGAAAUACAGUCAAAGCAAGAUCGGAGGUUUUGAAUCCAUGGGAGACUACCCGCCUUCCACUGACUCUCUCCCCGGUCUCUUACAACCUCCUGGUCAGGACAGACUUGACCAAUUUCGUCUUCAGUGGUUCCGUGGCGAUCCUGUUCGAAUGUCUGGAACCUACGGAUCUCAUUCUGAUCCACGCAAAUAACCUGACCAUCGGUGAAGGGCGAACAAAACUGAAGCGGGAUGGAGCCGGAACGGCACCGGAACUACUGAAGGAACCCUGGAUUUACGAAGAGAAUCAAUUCAUAGUGAUUGAGCUGGACGGAACUCUAGAGAAAGGGGAAAAGUAUAAAUUGUCUUUAGAGUUCCGGGGACCACUUCUGGAUGAAAUUAAAGGAUAUUACAGGAUGUCUUAUACAACGAAAGCUGGAGAGAAAAGGUUUAUUGCCAGCACAUUGUUUGCCCCGGUCGGUGCCCGUAAAGCCUUCCCGUGUUUCGACGAGCCGGCCAUGAAAGCAACAUUCACCAUCACCCUGGAGCACCAACCCGAGUACCACGCCCUCGCCAAUGCUCCGAAAAGAGCAAAAAUUAAGACUCUUCGUGACGGGUGGAUCAGAACCAAGUUUGAAGAAUCUGUUAAAUUGUCGACGUAUCUCGUGUGUUACGUCAUCAGUGAUUUCAAGGCCAAGUUUAAAACCACGGCAAACGGUGUCACGUUCGGUGUUUGGGCCCAGGCGGAUUUCAUCAAUCAAACAGACUACGCUUUGGAGAAGGGAGUCGCCAUACUGGAUUACUUUGAUGGUUUAUACGGGGAAGAAGUCAGGUACCCAAUGGCCAAAAUUGACAUGAUAGCCCUGCCGGACUUCACUGCUGGUGCUAUGGAAAACUGGGGUCUGAUCACAUACCGGGACACCAGAAUCCUGUACGAGGAACGUGUGUCGUCAGAGACUCAGAAGCAGCGAGUUUGCACCCUUGUGGCCCACGAGUUAUCUCAUCAGUGGUUUGGUAAUCUUGUCACAAUGAAGUGGUGGGAUCAUCUCUGGUUAAAUGAAGGAUUCGCAAGUUUCGUGGAGUACGUCGGCACGGCUGAAGUUGAGCCUGAUUGGGGAAUGUGGGAUAAGUUCAUUUUGUACGAUCUCCAUAGAGCCAUGGCAACGGAUGCUCGGGUCACCUCUCGACCAAUCAUCAACGAGGUGGAAACACCGGCAGAAAUUUCCUCCAUGUUUAACAGAAUCUCGUAUCAGAAGGGUUCAUCUGUUCUCCGAAUGUUGACUCACUUCGUGGGACAUGAUACAUUUCUGAAGGGUCUGAAGUACUAUCUCAGUUCUUUUGCGUACAGUGGAGCCGUGACUAGUGACCUGUGGUUUCAUCUUGACAAGGCAAUGGCGGAAGACAACGUCUUCUUAGGAGACGAGAUGGACUUGGCGACCGUCAUGAAAACCUGGAUGCAUCAGAUGGGUUUUCCCGUCAUCAAAGUGGUGCGUGACUACACUGGCAAUGGUCAGAUUACGGCCAGAGUGGAGCAGAAACGCUUCCUGUCUGAUCCCACGUCUAACACCACUACGAAGUAUUCAGACUUGGGUUAUGUGUGGUAUGUGCCUCUAACUUACACAACCAGCAGUAGUCCUGACUUUGAGUCGCCAGACUCCAAAUGGAUCCGACCAGAAGAUAAAUAUGUUACCAUAGAGACACCUGGGAGCAGCACUGAUUGGUUGCUGCUGAACAUCGAUCAGAGAGGAAUCUACAGAGUCAACUACGAUGAUCAGAAUUGGGAGUUGAUCAAAGCUCAGCUCGACUCAAAUCAUGAGGCAAUAUCUACAGCAAGUCGAGCGUCCCUGAUCAGUGAUGCCUUCAGUUUGGCCGAAGCCUCUGAGAUCAGUCAAAGUCAAGCCUUUGACAUGACCACCUACUUGAAGGAAGAGAGAGACUUCGUGCCGUGGCAAGCCGUAAAAGGUGCACUGAGUAGCAUCGAGAAAAACCUACAGCGGAAAAGAGCAUUUGGAAACUUCAAGAAAUACAUGAAAGAAAAUGUUACUCCAUUUUACAAGUUCGUUGGUUGGGACAACACAGGGAACCAUCUAACACGAAUGAGUCGAGCAGAGGCAAUAAGUAUGGCUUGCAAAUAUGGAAGUGACGAUUGUAUUGAGAUAUCUGUUAAACACUACGCUCAGUGGAUGAUGACUCCCGAACGCACAGUAGUUCAUCCAGACAUUCAACCUACAGUGUACUGCUCAGCUAUCGCAGCAGGUGGACAAGACGAGUGGGACUUUGCUUUCGACGUCUACAGAAACCCCAACACUCCAGCAUCUGCAAGGGCCAGGCUGCUGGCGGCAAUGGCGUGCAGCCAUAAACCAUGGAUACUUAACACGUUUCUACACUACACUCUAGAUCACAGCACCAUUCGAUCCCAGGACGGAGUAGAUGUCAUUAUUGCCGUCGCUGGUAACCCUGUGGGGCUCCCUUUAGCCUGGGACUUCUUUAGGGCCAAUUGGGACUUCUUCAGAACUGUAUACGGCGAUACUGUUUUCUUACUGAAGAGAAUAAUCGGCGGUGUAACGUCCCAUCUCAACACUCCCUUUGAGCUGCAAUCGCUGGAAAGGUUCAUAGAAGAUCAUCCCGAUCAAGGGACUGGUCAGAGUGCUCUUACUGGGGCCGUUGCGGUGGUCAAGGGUAACAUCCGAUGGAUUGAACAGAACUACGAAGAUGUUGCUCGGUGGCUCAAGGCUGCUGUGGAUGAAUCCGGUCCUUGGCUCAAUUUCCGUCUCCCCAAAGAUGUGACCCCCGUGAACUAUGACCUCAAGCUUCGAACUGACCUGACUAAGUUCGUCUUUAAUGGAUCCGUCAACAUUCUCAUCGAAUGUCAGCUGAAGACUGACGUCAUUUUACUCCAUACGAGAAGACUCAACAUCACAGAAGGUGUCGUGUUGACCCACGCUGCCGGGGGUCACUCACCGACUAUAUCCAAGGAGUGGCUGUAUCCUGGGAACGAGUACCUCGUGGUGGAACUAAACUCGUACUUGGUUGCUGGUGAGAGGUACAAUCUGUAUCUGGAUUUCAAUGGCCCGCUCUUUAGCGACGAACAAGGUCUCUAUUGGUUGACAUACCAUGGCACUGACUAUGGGGAGCAAAGAAUAAUGGCAACCACACUAUUCGCCGCAUACAACGCCCGUAAAGCCUUCCCGUGUUUCGACGAGCCGGCCAUGAAAGCCACAUUCACCAUCACCCUGGAGCACCAACCCGAGUAUCACGCCCUCGCCAACUCGGCCAAGAGUGGAGACGAUGAAGUACUCAGUGAUGGAUGGAUCAGAGCUACGUUUGUAGAAACGGUUAAAAUGUCGACGUAUCUCGUGUGUUUUGUCAUUAGUGAUUAUAAAGCCAAGUUUACAACCACAGCAAACGGUAUCAAAUUCGGUGUCUGGGCUCCAGAGGAAUUGAUCAACCAAACUGACUACGCUCUUGAGAAGGGAGCGGCCAUACUGGAUUUUCUCGAUGACUAUUUUGGGAUGGAGGUUAAAUAUCCCAUGGCGAAACUUGAUAUGGUAGCCUUGCCUCGGUUUCCUGCACUUGCAAUGGAGCACUGGGGCUUGGUGUCGUACCGUAGCAACGUUGUGCUGGUUCGGGAAGGGGUGACAACGGCUGUCGAGAAGCAAAUGGUGUACACAACAAUAGCCCACGAGUUGGUACAUCAGUGGUUCGGCAACCUCGUUACCAUGGAAUGGUGGGAUGAGCUUUGGUUGAAUGAAGGGAUUAGUAGAUACUUUGAGUAUCCCAUUACAGCUGCACUUGAACCCAAUUUCGUAAUGAUGGACAAAUUUGUUGCGUUCGACAUCCGCACUUCAAUGCUCAUUGAUGGUACCGUCGAUUCGAGACCGGUCGUUGCAGAAGUCAUAAGAGCAAGAGAGAUCAUGUCCAUGUUUGACACCAUCACGUACAGUAAGGGUGCAUCUCUUCUGCGCAUGAUCAAAUAUUUUCUUGGAGAAAGCACUCUCAUGAAGGGACUGAAGAGUUUAUUGCGAGCAGCACAGUACGACUCGAUAGAGAAUAGCGAUCUGUGGAUCCAUUUGGAAAACGCAGCCAUAGAAGACAACAUCAACCUUGAGUUUGAAGAUGAUAUGGACCUAGGAACCGUCAUGACGUCGUGGUUGUCACAAAUUGGUCAUCCAGUCAUCACGAUAUCACGAAGCUACUCUGGUGACGAUAAGAUCACAGCUACGGCAUCUCAGAAAAGAUUUCUCACUGACCCGACCACUGAUGUCACAGCCACGCAUUUCCCCGAUUUGGGAUAUCAAUGGUAUGUGCCUCUGGUAUACGUAACAUCAGCCAAUCCCAACUUUAGUGCACCGGAGUUAGAAUGGUUGUCACCAACAACAAACGUAACGAUAGAGAGAGACGAUAUUGGUGGAGAUACUGACUGGCUCCUCAUGAAUAUUGAUCAGGGAGGGUUCUAUCACGUGAACUAUGACGAAACAAACUGGAAACUUCUUGCUAAGCAGCUCAGUGAUAAUCAUCAGGUAAUAUCUACGGAUAGUCGUUCUUCUAUUGUCAACGAUGCCUUCCAGCUCGCCAAGGUUGGAGAGAUAAACACGGCCAUUGUGCUAGAGCUGAUCUCAUACUUCAGAGACGAACGGGAAUAUGUACCGUGGCUUAUGCUGACCGUUAACCUCAGAUUCAUCAGAGAACAGUUGAUUAUGUCAGACAGUUUCAGUAAUUUCGAGGCAUACAUAAAAGAUCUGGUCACCCCAAUUUAUGACGUCACCGGGUGGGAGAUUGAAGAGGGCGACAUCAUUGAGGAGCAGAUGCGAACAUGUAUCACUGCCAUUGCAUGUUUGUACAAUGUUGAAACCUGCACAUCAACAGCUGCCGAUCUGUUCAGACAAUGGCUCGCGGAUGCCUACUUUUAUAUACAUCCCUAUAUGAAAACCAACGUCCUCUGUGCGGGCAUUGCUGGGGGCAGCCGGGCCGACUGGGAUGAUGCUUUUAUGGUGUAUUCAAACCACAGCACUGAUUCAUCACGGGCUUAUGCAAUCAGUGAAGCCUUGGCGUGUAGCAGGGACGAGGCUACAUUGAGCCGGUACUUGAAGCUGAUACUCAACAGCAGCAUCACAAGUAGAGGUCACGGAGGCACAGCCUUAGCGGGAGUUGCCGCUAACCCACUGGGAAGAGAACUGGCUUGGGACUUCUACAAGUCUAACGUGGGCUUCUUCUUGGAGAAUUUUGGUCACAGCAGAUACUCCUACUCGAACAUUAUUGGAAAAACCACUUCUGGAUUCACCACAAGAGAGAAACUGAUGGAGGUGGAGCACUUUUUUGAAGAUCAUCCUGAUGCAGAGGAUUGGAAGACGCAGUUCGAUGAGGCAGUGGUAGAAAUAAAGUCCAACAUCGAAUGGGCGGACAGACACCUACAUGGAGUUACAGAAUGGCUAGAAAAUGCGGGGUAAACUUUGUGACACUGCAAUCAUUUGUUUUCCCUUUCGCAGUGACAAAAAGUGACUACAAAGAAUUGAUGUAUACAAUCAAUUUGUUAGAGUUAAAAUAGAUAGAUAUUUAUGCUAUUGUAUGUCCUUCUCUUGCUGUAUAUGUAGAUACCCCCAAAAUGCGGGAAGUUCAACUCUUUCUCUACUUUUUAAAGAUUUUAAAAGAUUAUGGUUCGAAAAAAUUUUUUAUGAACCAUCGUACUUUUAGUGGCUGUAUAUCAACAUAAAGUUUUGAGUUUUAAGAUAAUAUUUUAUUGAGCAUACCUUGUGCAACUCAUAUUUUUUAUCAUGAAAUCAUUUUCUCUUUGUGUUACCUUUAUUGCAUUGUUAUUACUCCUAUUACACAUUUGUGCCCGAAGUAAAGUGUUAGAUGAUGAAACUCAAUUAGCAGAUGAUCAGAGUAUAGACAUGUAAGUGGUUUUAUUCGCAUCUAGAUUAACACAAAAGUUGAUUCAUUGUAUAAAAAAAAUGUUUCCUUUGAUGAAAUAUCUACUUCUUUUCUUUCAAUGGGAAACGGUGAUAAAUUAAUACAGUAGAUUUGAAUUUAAUUUGGACUUUGUGUACGUUUUCACCCAUUGCCAGGUCCUUUUGACACUGAUCUUGUGUUUAUCUAACUCAAAAUAGGUCUCGCUGACUCGUAUUAACUUAUGUUUUCGUGACCCAGAAAUGGUUCAGGGCCCAAUGAACUCGGACGCGCUAAAACCUCACUUGGAGAUUAUUACACCACUUAACGGCUUGAGUUAAGGUCUACGACACCUCAGCACCAGACUGCAUGCAUCAUGUACAUAAGUCUCCCGCAAAUCUACACCAAAUAUGGAGUCUAUGGACAGUCCCUUUAAUUAAUUCUAACUAUUUACCCGCUCACUGAUAAGCCGUUUAGUGGUAUCGUACAACUAUCAUACUUCUGUGUCAGUCCGUUCUAGGAGCGAAAUCAUCUCUCUUUAUCUUUGUUUAUUGGUUCAAAUGUGUGCUUCCAAAGAUAACAUUAAGUGGUUGAAGGCAAUCAUAAAAAGAUAAUCAAAAUAUGGGCCCAUUAAAAAUGAAAGCUGUGAUAAUACACACUGGGACUGGCUUAUGUAUGAUUCAACCUAUAAGAAAUACUGCGUUGUCAUGUUUGAGAUUGUAUAACGUCUAACAAUGGGCACACGUAAUGCUUUUGUAAAUUUUAUGUUUUUAUUGCUCUGCCAACUGGGGUUUUCAAAUGAAUCUCUAUGAAUCUGAUAAAUGGCAACUCCAACACAGUGUUUUAAUUUCACCAACGGCAUGGUAAUGGGAAUGACUUGUUGGUGAUGCCACAGGUAUAGAAAUAUACACACAGAGAAUCAAACUAGAACACCGCAGUUUUGCAACGUGUUACGGUAUCAUGGUUUUAAAUGGUUUCCUCUUCAGCACCGUGAGUUGGUAAUAAAUGUCGAUGGCAUUACUGGUAGGCUAGUGCCUUACAGCUAUAGGUUUUUUUAAAUGUACCAAUAUGCCGAUAAUCACCCAUAAAUGAUGUCACAUAGAUUCAGACACAAUUUUACUCUCAUCUGCAAGUUUCUUUAAAAAGUCGGAGAGGUAUUCACAUAGGAGCUUCAAUUAAAUGGCGUCAUAUACAGGCAGGUUACCCCAAUCUUUGCAUACAUCGUGCAACUUCAUGGCGGGUCUAUAAGUUGUUUUUUUAACACGGUAAUAACGGGUGUGAUUGGAGAAAAAAAAUAGAUGACCCUCAAAACUGCCAGGUCAGAAAUUGACACGGUUUCGGCCUCAGGGGGCGUGACCCACUUCUCGGUAAAUAUGACCUUGAAUCUGUGUCAAAAAACGCAGAAAUGGGUCAAACUAGCACAUAAUCUGUUAGCUGGUAUCAAUUUUUGUGUCAGUUCAAUUUAGUUCAAUAUCCCAUUUUAUACUAGUUUGGGGGUUAACCAGACCCAGAAAUGGCCCACUAGACCCCUUGGGCAUGUAAAAGCAUUUUUAGGCUAGACGUUUUAUAUCACAUUGAAACGAUUACGAAUGAAUGAUUUUUCCACCUGAUUUAACAACAAACCUUAUACCACAUUUUAUAACAUUAUACAAUUCAUCGUGCUCCACAUUAUAACUCCCAUGUAUUAGGUGCAAAGGUCAGGUUAUUAUUACCUGUAAAUUAUAUUAAAGGGCAGGACGGGGUCUUAUACUUUAGCAGCUUACUGAGUAACUGGGUAGGUUCUUCACUUUAAAACGGAAGGAAACUGGUCAAAACAAUACAAGAAAUGGUAUUUGAUUAGCUUGUAAUGGAAUUCUUACAAUCUGACUAAUCGAAUUGUUUUCAAUGCACUUUGGUCACGUUUGGUAAU